UAUUUGUAUGCAUCUUUACUACUUCACUUAUAAAUAAAGUUGAAUCCAGUUCCAUUUCCAUCAAUUAGCUAGAGAGUUUCAAGACAAAAUCUGUAACAAAAAUGGAAGUGAAAAUCAUUUCCAAAGAAAAUAUAAAGCCAUCUUCCUCAACAUCCCAACACCUCAAGAUCUUUAAGCUUUCCCUUUUGGAUCAGUUUAUUUCUUUUCCAUAUGCCCCAAUUGUCCUCUUCUAUCCCAUGAAUGGCUCCAUUUCUAGCAUCCCAGAAAGAUUAGCUGUGCUAAAGAAGUCUUUAUCAGAAACUUUGACUCGCUUUUACCCUUUUGCGGGGAAGAUUAAAGAUGAUCUUUCCAUCGAGUGCAACGAUGAAGGUGCUUAUUUUGUUGAGACUCGAGUUGAAUGCUGUCUUGCAGAGUUCCUUAGCCAGCCUGACCUCAUGUUGGUGCACAAAUUUCUUCCUUGCGAUCUCAUUAAUUUGAAGAAAUCAACAGCAGGAACUUAUGUAACUAAUAUUCAGGUAAAUGUCUUCGAUUGCGGUGGUAUCGCUGUAGGCCUAUGCAUUUCACACAAGAUCGUCGAUGGUGCUGCGCUGAGCACCUUUCUCAAAGCAUGGACUUCAACAGCUCGUGGUUGCGAGAGAGUCAUAUACCCCAACUUGGCUGCUAAUUCACAACUGUUUCCUGCCAAUGAUUUAUGGCUUAGAGAUACAUCAAUGGUAACCUGGGGUUCCUUGUUCACAAAAGGAAAUUGUAUUACAAGGAGAUUCGUUUUCGAUGCCUCAGUAAUAACCACUUUCAAGAACCAGGCGACAAGCUCUACUGUGAAAUGCCCCACAAGCGUUGAGGCUGUUUCAGCUUUCAUGUGGAAGUCCAUUAUGGCUGCGUCAAAUGAGAAAAACGGCUCACCAAGGCCGUCUUUAUUGACCCACUUAGUGAAUCUUCGCAAAAGAAUGGUGCCCCCAGUAUCGGAUUAUUCCACUGGAAACCUCCUCUGGAUUGCAGCUGCUGAAUGCAUCACGAAUACAGACAAACUAGAAUUGCAUGACUUGGCAGGUAAGGUGAGAGGUGCAAUAUCAAAAUUUGACGGUGACUUUGUUAAGAAGCUGACAAGUGAUGAAGGCAACGUCGCCAUGGUUGAGUCACUGAAAGAGAUAGCCGAGUUUGGUGGCAAAAAUGAAGUAGAUUAUGUGGGAUUCAGCAGUUGGUGUAAGUUUGGGUUCUAUGAAAACGAUUUUGGAUGGGGCAGGCCUCUGUGGGUGAGCAGUGUAGGUUUGAGCAGUCCUGUGUUCUUGAACCUCAUCAUUUUGGUUGAAACAAAGUCAGGCGACGGCAUAGAAGCUUGGGCGACUCUAGAUAAGGAAGACAUGAACAUGCUUGUAAGCAACCCAGAAUUCCUGAAAUUUGCUUCAGUGGAUCCUAGUCCUUUGGUAAUUUGAUCACUCAGAGCCUGUUCUAUAUAUAAUCCCAAACUUUGUAUAAUACCCUUAAACUUACUGUAAUAUUUCCUCGAAUGCAUGCAGUAUGCAACUGGUUAAGGUGUGAAAAUUUUUAGCCAUGAGUCAGAGGCUGUAAAUCCCCGUAUCAAACUUUGUAAAAUACUUUAAACUUAUGUAUUAUAAAUAAUUAAGGAUAGAUUCCAUAUGAAUUGAAUCCGAAUAAAGAACAAUUCUAGCUCA